AUGACCAAACAAUUCACCGUCGCCAUCAUAGGCGGCGGCAUCGGCGGCCUCACCCUAGCAGCCGGUCUCCUCAAACGCAACAUCCCCGUCACCAUCUAUGAAGCAGCGCCGCUCUUCCAAGAAGUCGGUCUGGGGUUGAGUAUUGGGCCUGCCGCCCACCGCGCCCUGCCCCUCAUUGAGCCCGCCCUCCGCCGCAUCUACGAUUCUCUGAUCACCACCCACGCUGACAGUCCGGGCUUCGAGCGCUUCCGCGAGACCUGGUGCGAGGUCGUCACUGCAGACGAUCAGGUACUGAUGGAGUUGAAGGCCCGGCCAUCGGGGCAGACCACCGUACGAAGGGCAGACUUUCUUGAUGCCCUUGUUGCGCUGAUCCCGCCGGAGAGGGCCGUGUUCGGGAAGCGGUUGGUGCGGUUGGUAGAGCGGGAGGGGGAAGGGGAGGAAGGGGUUCGGCUAGAGUUCGAAGACGGCACGACUGCACACGCGGACGUCGUCAUCGGUUGCGAUGGGAUCCGCUCAACGGUCAAGCAGUUCAUCCUAUCCGAGGAGGAGCACGCCCGCGCCACACCCCGCUACAGCGGCAUGUAUGGGUAUCGCGCCGUGCUAGAUAUGCCGGAUAUGGUUGCCGCCGUGGGGGAGCAUCGUGCGCGCGUGACAACGCUGUACCUGGGUAAGGGCGUGUACGGCGUCUCGUACCCGAUUGCGCGCGCGCAGCAGGCCAAUGUUGGGCUGUAUGUGCUCCGUGAGGACUGGGAGGGUGAGGAGUGGGUUAGGCCCGCUGAAAAGGAAGAUCUGCGAAGGGAUUUUGCCCAUAUGGGGGGGUUUGUGCAGGGUUUGGUUGAUCACAUGCCCGACUCACAACAAUGGGCCAUCUUCGAGCAUCCCUCGAUAUCGACCUAUGCGCGCUCGCGCGUGGCUAUCCUCGGAGACGCAGCGCAUGCGUCGACGCCUCAUAUGGGCGCUGGGGCUGGACAGGCUAUCGAGGAUGCCCACGUCCUGGUUGAGCUCCUGGGCGACCCGCGCGUCACCCACGCGCGCGAUGUGGUCGCUGCCUUCAAGGCGUAUGAUGCCGUGCGGCGGCCGCGCAGUCAGCGCGUGGUUACCAGCAGUAAAGAGCAGGCGGAUUUGCUGUGCUUGUGUUUGGAUGGGGUGGGUGCAGAGGAAGAGAAGCUGAGAGGGUCCGGCUACGUCCGCGCCCUCGGACCCAACACCUUCUCGACCGCCAAACCAGGCAACCCCGUCAUCCUGAGCUUCAGCGAGUGUCAAGACUGCGAAACGUGCGCGCACGGCCACCUGCGUACUGCUCGCGUUUCAACGAUAUCAACUUUGAUGUGGACGACACUAAUCACGUCUUUCGGGACCCGCAUGACGACGUUCAAGAUUCAUGAUGACGGGGAAUUUACUUAUGGGGCUGUCGAGGGGGAGUUCGUCCCGCCGCUGGUCAAGUGGGUGCAGGAGGAAGUCCCCUCGUUGGAGAAGCUCGUCCGAUACUUUCCGGUGGAGGAUUUCGAGACGGCUGUGAGGGAUAUGAAGUCCGGGCGGACUGUCAAGCCGGUUCUGGUGUAG